AUGGUUGAUAUGAGAAAUAUAAUGCUACAAAUGCAAAUAAAGAGACAUGCUAACAAGGCACGGAUUGAGUCCAUUCUAGCUCACAACAAGAUGUUGGAGAACCAGUUGGCACAAUUGGCCACUUUAAAAUCUACUCGACAACAAGGUGCUCUUCCAGCACAACCUGUUCAGCCAACAUACUCGGCAAACGCCAACACUCUCCAUAGUGGUUCUCAUUAUAAUGGACCACCCAUGCUUAUUGAUGAUACUGUGAGUGUGAGAAAUGAUGAGGAACGGGUCCAAGAUGAAUCUGAAACUGAUAAGGAGAACUUUAAGCAAGUGACUGAACAUGGGGAGACAAUUGAAGCCAAAAAGCCUGCUAUUGAGGUUCCUCCUAUCAAACUUCCUUUUCCCAAUCGUCAAUUCAAGAGUAAGCUGGACAAGCAAUUGGGUAAGUUUUUCAAAGUCGUGAAGAAUCUUCAGGUAACAAUCCUUUUCACAGAAUUAAUUACUCAAGUGCCUGCCUAUGCAAAAUUCACAAAAGAUAUCUUGACUAGAAAAAGGGCUUUUAAUGAGGUGGAGACAGUUACAUUUACUGAGGAAGGUAGUGCCUUUUUGCAAAAUAAAUCUCCAUCAAAAUUCAAAGAUCCUCGUAGUUUCUCUAUUCCCUGUCACAUUGGUAGACUAUUCAUUGAUAAAGCAUUGUGUGAUUUUGGUGCUAGUGUGAGUCUUAUGCCAUUAUUUGUUUCCUCAAAAUUGAAUAUGGGAAGUCUGAAAUUUACCAAUAUUACUCUACAAAUGGCUGAUCGUUCUAUUAAAUACCCCUUAGGUAUUCUAGAAGAUGUGCCUGUUAUAGUAGGUAAAUUUUUUAUUCCCGUUGAUUUUGUUGUGCUUGACAUGGAGGAAGAUACACAAUUCCAAUUAUUUUGGGUAGGCCAUACCUUCAUACUAAAGGUGCAGUAA